UGACCACGUCGCCGUAGAAGCUAACCGGAGGGAGCCCUCUCGAAAUCUCUCCGCCGCGCUUCUCGUUUCUGGUUUCCGUUUUUUGCUCGUCAUUCUCCGGUCCCGGAACCCUAAUUCCGGCUUUUCCGACGUCUAACUGAAACUUCUUCUUUUGUCAUCUAAAGCGCGCGUGAUCGAGAAAGGUGCAAUUGGGUUUAAUACUUUCGACUCUCCGCCUCCGUGCAGAAACUAGCACGUGUAGGUUUCGAAGUUUAACCACAUAAAAUGGAGGAGGAACAAGGAAAUGCGGUUGCUGAAAGGGUUCUGCCUCCGACAGAACAGGAGGUAUCUAGUGAGAUGGAUGUGAGAAUUAAGAAGUAUCUACGAGGAGAAGGUGCUAAUCUGGAGGUUCUGAAAGAUAAAAAGUUGAAGGGUCAACUUUCUGUUAGAGAAGAUUUAUAUGGGAAAUCUGCUAAAGCUGCUGCCAAGGUCGAGAAGUGGCUUAUGCCAAGUGAGGGAGGCUAUUUGGAGGCUGAAGGAUUGGAGAAGACUUGGAGAAUCAAACAGGAAACAAUUUCUCAUGAAGUAGAUAUCUUAAGUAGAAGGAAUCAACAUGAUAUUAUUUUGCCAGCUCUUGGACCAUAUUCUCUUGACUAUACUUCAAAUGGUAGAUAUAUGACCAUUGCUGGACGUAAGGGCCACCUUGCAAUUGUAGACAUGAAGAACCUUAAUUUAAUUAAAGAGUUUCAGGUUAAGGAAACUGUCCGUGAUGUGGUCUUCUUGCACAAUGAGCUGUUCUUUGCUGCUGCACAAAAAAAGUACCCAUAUAUUUAUAACCGGGAUGGCACAGAGCUUCAUUGCCUUAAGGAGCAUGGAUCAGUCUUGAGGCUUCAAUUUCUGAAAAAUCACUUCCUUUUGGCAUCCUUUAACAAGUUUGGACAGCUUCAUUAUCAAGAUGUAACAACAGGUAGCAUGGUUGGUGUCUUCCGCACCGGUUUAGGCCGUACUGAUGUGAUGCAGGUAAAUCCAUUCAAUGGGGUUAUAGCAACUGGUCAUUCAGGUGGUACAGUUGCUAUGUGGAAGCCUACAAGCUCUGCUCCUCUUGUAAAGAUGCUUUGUCAUCGAACGCCUGUUUCGGCAUUAGCAUUCCACCCGAACGGCCAUCUCAUGGCUACCUCUGGAUCCGAGAGGAAAAUUAAGCUCUGGGACUUGAGGAAAUUUGAGGUGCUUCAGACUCUGCCAGGGCAUGCCAAGACCUUAGAUUUCAGCCAGAAAGGACUACUUGCAUAUGGAACUGGAUCAUGUGUUCAGAUUCUGGGUGACCCUUCUGGUACUCAGAAUUACAGUAAGUAUAUGGCUCACUCAAUGGUGAAAGGUUACCAAAUAGGAAAGUUACUGUUUCGACCUUAUGAAGAUGUUCUAGGCAUAGGUCACUCGAUGGGUUGGUCGAGUAUCCUUAUUCCAGGCUCUGGUGAACCUAACUUCGAUACUUGGGUAGCUAACCCGUUCGAGACAUCUAAACAGCGGAGAGAAAAGGAGGUCCGGUCUCUUCUCGACAAGCUUCCUCCCGAGACGAUUUCGCUGAACCCUUCAAAAAUUGGUACCGUUAUGUCGGUAAAGAAGAAAGAGAAGAAGUCAAAGAAGGAAAGAGAAGCUGAGGAGGAGUCUGCAGUUGACAUUGCAAAGGGAAUUACCAUGAAGAAGAAAACCAAGGGAAGGAAUAAGCCAACCAAGAGGGAAAAGAAGAAACGUGAGAUUAUUGAGAAGGCCAAAAGGCCUUUCCUUCAUGAACAGAUAAAGGAAGAAGAAGAAGAAUUGUCUCGAAAGAGGCCGAAGUUGAGCGAGGAAGUCGAACUUCCCAAGUCAUUGCAGAGGUUUGCUCGUAAGAAAACCGAGACAUAAUUCUGCAGAUGUAUACUCAUGUAGCAUCCCGUGAUUCUUAGUUUUCUAGAAGGCCACAAGGCCUUUCCUUCACCAACAGAUAAAAGAAGAAGAAGAAGAAGAACCGUCUCGAAAAAGGCUGAAGUUGAGCGUGGAGGUCGAACUUCCCAAGUCGUUGCAAAGGUUUGCUCCUAAGAAAACCACGACAUGAUUUUGCACAUGUAUAGUCAUGUAGCAUCCAUGGUUGUUAGUUUUGUAGCCAUAGAUUAUGCAUAAUUUGUCUUCAUAAAUUUUGUUGAAUAUUAUUUGUUUCCGUUAAAAGGUAAAAAAUGCUGCAUCUAUGUACUUAAA